CCCCCCUCCUGCUGCUGCUCCCCGCCCGCUCCUACAACCAGCCAUGCGGUUUCCAGACCGCUGGCCAGAGGCCGCGAGGCGUCUCCGCGCACGAGGGCGCGCGGCGGCGGCGGUGUGCCAUGGCCUCGCCGAGAACGGCCGAGGAGAUCGACCAGCUGCUCGACGAGGCUGGCACCAUCAUAGGGAACAUCGAGCGUGAUGCGGCAAGAAAGGUGAAGGCGCAGGCGCACGAGGCGGACAUGUUGCGGUGCAUCGAGCAGCUGCGGGACUCCAUGAGCGCGGCGAUGGGGCCCUCCGAGCGCGGCCUGCUCUGCCAGCUCUUCGGGGGGGACUGCACGCGCAUCGCCAGGAUACGAGAGACGCUGGCGGCGGCGAAGUUCUCCACGGAGGCCAACCGCGCGGACCCGCGGACCGUGUCGUGCACGGAGCACUGCAGCAUUGUCGAGGGCGUGCUCCGGGACCUGGGCCACGCGGCGGCCCUCAGCAAGGCCCAGGCCGCCAUCGCGAAGCAGAUGCUCGCGGAGCGGCAGGCACGCCUGGCCAAGGCGUGGGCCGCGGCGGACUCGGCGGCCGAGGCGGAGGCGCAGCGCGCGGGAGAGCAGCAGCGGCGCGAGGCGGCGCUCGUGGCAGGGGCCGUGCGAGGGGCGGCGCUCGGAUCGCUGCCCGUAGCGGCCGCUCGGCCGCCGCCCAGGGGGGCCGCCGAGGCCGCCGCCGAGGAGCCCUCGGCUGCGGCGGCCGCCGAG